UCGCCGGAGAAAUGUGCCGAGUUCAGUGAGUUCCGUCGGAUCCCAUUGAAUGGAGCUCCCGAAUGGACAUUGCAAGCAACGUUUGGCACCUGUGAUUCGGAUUCAUCCCAAAUUUAAUCAAUUAUUAGUCUAGAAAAAUUCAAAUUCGUAGAUUAUGCAAAUCUGUCCGCCAGACGCGGACAGUGUAAUGUAGGAAUUUCACGAAUUGUAACUUGCGAAUGAUUUGUUCGUGUGGCGCAGUGAGAGAGUGCGAAAUGGUAACGAGUAAUUACCCCGGCAAUUAGUUUGAGGAAACGAUCAGUGAUCGAUGGAUUCUGAACGAACGAGCGUAUGAGAACAAGAUGCUGAGGAGGAUUUCGGAUUAAGACUGCGCCAUCGUUGACGUUGUUCUUUGGUAAUCCGGCAAGUCUCAGAAAGGCGAGGGAUCUAAUCGUGGUCCAUGACCCGCACGAAUGAAGUGCCCAGCACCGGAACGGCGUAAGCACGGCUGCGGGGUCGCAGUUAAUUGCGCGGACGUAAAUGAGGAACGAUCGUUGCCGAGCGGUGCCGAGGUGAUCCAUAGAUCGUGUCGGGCGUGAUCAGUUGCGGGUAGCACGGGCGAGGGGAGGGUGGCAAGAUGGAACUCUUCUUGAUACUCGUUUGCCUGAUCGCGCCGCCCGCCCUCUCGCUCUCCAUCAAGAGCAAGCUCAAUCCACGAAUCGUGCAGACGCGCUACGGCGAUGUGCAGGGCGUCACGAGGUCCUUCGAGUACGCCAAGUUCCUCAAGCCGAUCGACGUGUACCUCGGCAUACCAUACGCCACACCGCCGGUCGGCAGCAACCGCUUCUCCCCGACGAGAGCUCCGAGUCCUUGGGAAGGAGUCAGAUUAUCGGAUUCGGUCGGUCCGGUCUGUCCCCAAAAGCUGCCGGACAUCGCGAACGAGCAGGAAGCGCUCGAGCGAAUGCCUAAGGGAAGGCUCGAGUACCUGAAGAGACUACUGCCACAUCUGCGCAACCAGAGCGAAGACUGCCUCUAUCUGAACAUCUACGCACCUGCCAUGGGCAUGGCGGAGGGCGGCAGGAAGCAUCCGGUGUUGCUGUACAUUCACGGCGAGAGCUACGACUGGGGCAGCGGAAACCCCUACGACGGCAGCGUCCUGGCCAGCUACACCGACCAAGUGAUCGUCACCAUGAACUACCGGCUGGGCGUGCUCGGCUUCCUGAACGCCAACGUGGCGCCGCAGACCAAGGCGAGAGUCGCGAAUUACGGGCUCAUGGAUCAAAUUGCCGCUUUGCACUGGGUCCAGCAACAUAUCGCUCUGUUCGGCGGGGAUCCCGAGAACGUCACUCUCAUGGGCCAGGGCACCGGGGCCGCUUGCGUGCACUUCCUCGCCGUCAGUCCCACCGUUAUUCGGGGACUGUUCAAGCGAGCCAUACUACUAUCGGGCAGCGCACUUUCAUCUUGGGCAGUGGUGGAGGAUCCAGUAUCCUACGCUCUGAAACUGGCCAAAGCUGUCAACUGCUCUAUCCCCGAUGACCUCCUCAAAGACAAUGAGCUGAUAGUCGAUUGUCUGAGAGAGAGCAGCCUGGAAGAGCUGAUGCAGGUCGACAUUCAACCACCGACGUUUCUUAGUGCGUUCGGCCCCAGUGUUGACGGUGUAGUUAUCAAACCGGACUUCCAAAAGGACCUUCUGUCCUAUCUUGGUCCCGAAUUUCAAGGAUUCGGCCCGCUCCCGAAAAAAGCUGAACACGGCGCGCCUAUUACGAGCAACAACAAGUACGAUUUGCUGUUCGGCGUGACAACGAGCGAAGCUCUGUGGAAGUUCGCUGAGAAGGACGUCCUGCAAGGAUUCGAGGGGGAGAGGAGGGACAGGAUCAUCCGCACGUACGUCAGAAACGCCUACGUCUAUCAUCUUACCGAAAUAUUUUAUACGGUGGUGAAUGAGUACACCGACUGGGAGCGAACGGUGCAGCAUCCCGUCAACACAAAAGACGCGUGCGUACAGGCGCUGAGUGACGCGCAAUUCGUAGCGCCGCUGGUACAAACCGGAGAUCUCUUCACUCUGAGGCACACCAAAAAGCCGAACAAUCCCCAUAUCGCACCGAUCCCCGACAGUGAGAAGGAGCCUAUGCCCAAGACUUAUUUCUACGUGUUCGAUUAUCAGAUGAAGGACGGUGAUUAUCCCCAGAAGAUGGGCUCCGUGCACGGAGAGGAACUUCCAUUCGUUUUCGGGGCGCCCUUAUGGGUGGAGGGAUUUGGUCAUUUUCCGAAAAACUACACGAGAUUGGAAAUGGCACUUUCGGAGAGUAUCAUGCAGUACUUUGCGAACUUCGUGAAGACCGGGAAUCCGAACAUCAUCGAUCAUCAUGGGAGGAAUGACACCGUCUUGCCGGCCAGCAGAGAGAAGAGUCGCUUUCGCAGCUUGUCGUGGGAACAGUACGACCCGGUGCAUCAGAAGUACUUGGAAAUCGGUAUGAAACCGAAGAUGAAGAAUCACUACAGGGCGCAUCAGCUCUCGGUCUGGCUGCGCCUAGUCCCCGAGCUUCAUCGUGCUGGAAUGGAGGAUGUCGAUUCCAGGCAUAACCUGUUCCGCGGCCACAGUGACCCCAGCCUGUAUGACGGUUCUGUGAGGCCGGAUCCCCUCAGCAGGAUCAGCGAGGAGUUUAAGAGGAAGAACCUCAGCACGGAGCCGCCGACCACGACGGAUUACAGCAUGACGACGUGUGUCAGCCUCAUCCAGAGCACCAAUCUUCAGAACGUUCAUAACGCCAGCACCGAUACUUUAGCCAGCCUGGACGCGGCCGGUUACGCGGCAUAUUCGACGGCUUUGAGCGUGACAAUCGCGAUCGGCUGCAGCCUGUUGAUCUUGAACGUCCUAAUUUUCGCCGGCGUGUAUUAUCAGAGGGAUAAAACGCGGCUCGAGGUGAAGAGUCUUCAGCAGCAGCAGUUGUUAAAUCAACAAUGCGGCCCUCGCGGCUUCACCGAACUGAAACAACCACCACCGCCGCAUUCUCACUACGCCGGUGGGGGCCAAGUGAUCGUCGACGUUGAAAAUGAAAUGUUAAGAAGGAAUGUGAUGAAAGGAGGUCCUAAUGACCCGAACGCUCCUUUCCAAGGCCAAGGAACCCACACGCUGCCUCACCAACAUCAUUACCAAAAACAGCAUCAGCAACAACAUGCUACCCUUCCUCGAGCCUCAGUCAUCCAAGACAUGAACACGCAAGCUCAAGGUCCUCCGAACGGAUCCAUCCACUUGACGGUGCCACGAGCUCCCCCGCCACCCAGGGCGAAGAGCCCGCCGGAGAACCAGCCGCUGCUGCAGAGCGCGACGGUGUCGAGUCGCGUGUCGCAGGCGACGAUGAGCGAGAUGCGAGUGUGAUGCUUGGACCCCCCUCCGAAGCCAGUCGUUCCGGAUGUCCUCACGGCGUCGACCUUGCUCUAGGCGGCUCGCCGAGGGCUUGUCCCGAGGAACGGAGGGGGGUGCUGGAGAGUGAGCGAGAAGUCGCGUCUACCGAAGAGAGACUGAGGGUCCGUCGCGAGUUCGGGAGCCGCACAGUGAAGCAGUGAGACGCGACUUGAGGAUUCUUUCUUUUCGUCCCGCUCGCCUGCGAUCUUUGUGAAUUCUAGUAUCUAGAUCUGGAAAUUCCACGAGGUGGAGCGCGCUUUUGCACGAGGAUAAGGAAAAGUCGACUCUCGAGGGAUUUUUACGCGGUCGGUAAGGACGGCUCUCGCUUUGAGCGACGAGUCCUGGGGAAGGGAUAAUCAGCGACCGGAACGAAGGAAUCAACCCCGACGGCGCCCCGCUCUCGAAGCUCUCGGCUCACAAUAAUCGGUAGACGUCGAUGAAUGUAUUUGCGAAGUCAAGUAUCAAGGGAGGUAGGCGGCAAGACAGGACGUCUUGAACCGAUCGGAACCUUAAUCAAAUUCUGCGCGAAGGAAUCAAACGCGAUGCAUUCCGCAUAGUUAGUCGAUAAUGAAAACGAAAAGCGAACAGGCAAAAAGAAACUCUAGUCGUUAAUGGAGACGGGACGAGUGGUGUGAGACGAUGGUGGGCGGCUCAAUACGAAUCAACGGCGAGGAAGACACGUGUAAAAAUGAAAUACUAGCCACUACGAUGUUAGAUGUUCCUUGUACAUAACGUGAAUUUAUACGAUAAGGACGCCAAAGUUUGCUACUUUGUAAGAGAAACGGUAUUUGCAUUAUGCGUAUCUUUCAUUCGUAUGUUUCUCGGUUGACACGUGUCGACGUCCACGCAUGGCGUCAAGUUGCGUGAGUGUAAGGGAGACAUUUCUGGAGCAUAAUGAGCGAGCUUAUUCAUCGACAACGCUUGUCUGAGUUUUCGUCGCGUCAAUGUUUCGUCACAUUCAAACGCGGAGUCUUUCUUCCUUUUCUUCUUACAAUCUUUAUUUUCUAAUCUAGAUUUCGCGGGGAAUUCAUUUAUAGUCCACACACACACAGUGCGCUCGAGUUCACAAUCGCACGACGUGCAUUGAAAUCAACUGACUGGCGCGAAAGGAUUCCGUCGAUGAGAGCGAUGUCGCUCAUUACCGUUGCUCUAAUUAAUGCCAACUGCCAUGCAGGCCGGCUUUACCGCGUGGAUGUGUGUAUUGCACGUAUUGAGUUAUGAUAUAUGAUACGCACAUUAUAUGACGAUCUUCGUAUCCUCUCCAUGUACACGUAUUCACGCAUGUGUGUUAUAUAUAUAUGAAGGGUGACCUCGAACAGUCCUCGAAUCAUUUACCGCGGAUCUUUCUGAUUUCCUCGGCCUCGCUUCUUCACAUCUCUCGCAACGUGAUCUCUCUCACCGUUCAAUGUAACCUGAGACUGUGUGCGAAAAGUCAACGUGUGUGCGCUAUUCUUCGUCAUCUCUUUACCAAACGCGUCCUUUCGGAUUCUUGACAUUUUACAAAGCGGUCAUCCUUGUUAUAUAGAGUGUUUCACACUCGGCGUACCGUUCGCGACAGCCCCUUCAGAACUGUCAUUCCUCUCGUAAGAGGACACGUUUGUCUUGAUCACCUGAUGUCGAUUCUUCAAAGUUUGACUUCCAUUCGAUGAACAUGAUUACAUUUUUUGUAUAAAUAUACAUAUAAAAUACGUAUAAGUGUAAAAUAAAGACUAACGUAAAUCUG